UGGUUCUUCUUUUUCGCCACCAUCUUGUCGCCGUGAAAGACCCCGAAGUGCGUUGAACCCUGCUGCGCGGAUGACGCGCUCACCGUGAGUCGACGAAAAAGUCGGCGGGGAGCUGUACCAGGCGCACGAACGAACGCACGCAUACGUGUGUGUGUGCACACACAAACGGUGAAAAGUGUGCCGUGGCCUCGAACAAGGUCCCGUUAUCCUAGGCUUCGCCUUGAACGUCUUCGUUCUCCAGUCUUGACUCAGGAGUCAAGCGAAGAUGAUACCGCUGCUACUCGCCUGCUGCCUCGGCUUCCUCGUCGCUCCUUACCAGCUCACACCGUCGGCGAACAAUGGCCUAAUCGGCGUCGGGGCGGUCUCGAUGGUGACCGUCGGAUUCGCAGCCGGACCCAGAUACGUCCCGAAAUGGAAGAAGCAGGCGUGCGAAAUUCCGGCGUCCCAGCACCCGAAUUCGCAUUAUAUCUGCGACGAGGCCGGUGAAGUAAAAUGUUUGUCAGGGUGGACCGGAGAUCUCUGCGACGUACCGAUUUGCCGAAAGGGUUGCGACCCUCUUCAGGGCUACUGCCGACGUCCCGGAGAAUGCCGCUGCAAACUGGGCUUUUACGGUGAACUGUGCGACAAGUGCGUGGCCUUGCCAGGCUGUCAGCACGGAAGGUGCAACGUGAGCUUCGAAUGUUCCUGCGAUCCCGGCUGGAAAGGCGUGUUUUGCUCCGAACCGAUCUGCGCGCCCGAUUGCCUAUCCAGCCAGGGCUAUUGCGAGAAACCGGGCGAAUGCAGAUGUCGCCUGGGGUGGCAGGGCCCCAAGUGCAAACAGUGCGCUGUGUUGCCGGGAUGCGCGCAUGGGACCUGUCAAGGACCCUUAGAGUGUCGAUGUGAUCCGGGGUGGACCGGGCUGCUUUGUCAAACACCGAUUUGCGCGCAAGGAUGCAGCCGGGAACACGGCGGUUGCCGGCGCCCGGGCACAUGCAGAUGCCGCGUCGGCUGGACCGGUCCCAAUUGCACCGAGUGCGUCCCAUAUCCCGGAUGCGUGCACGGCUCGUGCAAACGACCGUGGGAGUGCCGUUGCGAGCCCGGCUGGGCCGGCGAUCUGUGCAGCGAAAAACUGACCUACUGCGACCAGCACCCCGGUGUCUGUCAGAACAACGCGACCUGCAUCAGCAUGACCCACGAGGACGGUAAUUACAGAUGCAUCUGUCCGUUGGGGUACAUGGGACGACAGUGCCAAAUAAAGACGACGGUGCCGUCGACGGAGCUGGUACCGCCAAUGCCCGACACCGACAGUGACGUGGGGCUUUCGCAGGAGGCGCAGGACCUCGUGGACAAGCCGAGUAUCGAGGAGGCGUCGAACGAGGACAAGAAGGGACCCGGAAAGGAGGAGGAAGUGACCGUGGAGCCGCUCGGGCCCAUCGUUAUCACGGACCCACCGACCACCGUGGAUCCCGCAGCGACCGCGGGAAAAUGGCCAACAGAAUCGGCCACGGGAACGCCCGAGAGAGACGACGAGAACGAGACAUAAAACGGCGCCGACGAGGCAGCCCCUGCCAACAUGAAUUUAUUCAUUUCUUUCAGUUGUUUAUUUAUUUAUUUAUUUAUUUUUUUUUGCAUCAGACCUGUGUGGACAUGAUGGUUUCACCUGUUACAUAUUUACGCGUCCUUUAUCGCGAAAAUUGUAUUGUUGUAGAAUGAAAUAGGAUAAAAUGUCCUGUAAUCGGUAUUCCAUCAGUUUUCAACACUCUUACGACGAUUUUAUCAAACGCUCAAGAUAUUAAAAAAUAAAUUUAUUUGUAGAUAAGUUUAUUAUU